CAGAAUUUUAACACGACUUCACACAUGAGCAAUUCCAACUUCCUUUAUUUUUGGAUUGGGAAUUCUGCUCUUUCUCUGCCAUUGUUGCAGGAGUCACAAUACUCUUACUGUUUUCAGUAAUAUAUCAUUUAUAGCAUCACUUUAUUUGUCAAAUUUGUAGUUAUUCAACUGUAAACCAAAUACGAAAUCUGCAUCUCAUAUAUUUUCUGAUCAUCACCUUCAACAUGCGUUUAUUUCCCACAUAAUUCCAGUUAAAUCAUCAAAUCUUCAUCGUUCAGGUUAUCUGAUCUAGACACACUUGUUACCUUCCAGCAUCAAAUCAUUCAGAUUCACUACAAAUCAACCGAGAUUCCUUCAACAUUUUAAAUAUAAUUGAUUCAGAGCUGAUGAUGUUACACCAUUCGGUGCUGAUGAUGUCACGCAAAUUGGUGUAACAUUAGGGUUUUUGGUGCAUUUGUUCUGUAUAGUUUUAAGCAUUGUGGAGAUUUUAUAGGUUAGGAUAUGGCUUGGUUUAGUGGGAACUUUCCGGAUUUCUCCGAGGCGGUUAACAAGAUCAGCGCCGGUGUUAAGACUAUCGAAAAGAAUUUCGAUAAUGCUCUCGGGUUGGAAGAGAAUCCUGAUGGAACUUCUUCCACUUCUGAAGCUUCAGGGUUAUGGUCGACGGAUUUAAUGUCAUUUAUGGGUCAGAAAGACGAGGACGAAGACGCCGAGUCAUCGGAAAAUCUCGAGUCUUCAAGUCUUCCAUCAUCUUCUCGUGAAAACGAAACUGAUGAUCCUGCUACUACCGCCAGUGAAGUUAGAGAAUCAAAUGUUGAAACUUUAAAGCCUGAAGAGCAGCAUCAAGAAACGCAUGUUACCGCUUCGGAUGAAGUAGAGAGCAGGGAUGAAACAAUUAUUGAUGAGCUGGCAGAUGAACUUGCAGCCAUCGCCCUAAACACAAGUAAUGCACAAAAAUCACACAUUGGAAUAUCUGAAGAACCAAGCGCAGAUCAUACUGACCCAUUAGAGUUUCCCGACCAUAAGUUAACAGAACCCGAGUCAACAAGUUCCGAAGAUCAAGCCGCAGGUAUCGUCCUGGAGUCAAACGCGGUGAGUCAACCGCUUGAUUUACAAAAGACUGAAGAGGAAUCAAAGAGACAAGAAGAGGCUAUACAAGUUUCAGAUGAUGUUUCUGAGAUCGUCCCUGAUGUGGUUUUAGAUGACGGUAACACAACUGCUACUGAACACGAAGCGGAAGUUAAAGAACAACCGUCGAGUUUGGAAAGGAAUUUGUCUGAAUAUUCGGAUUCGGUGGUUGAGCUCGAGAAUGUGAAGCGGGAGAUGAAAUUAAUGGAGACUGCACUUCUAGGAGCUGCUACACAAGCUCAGGCGAAAGCUGAUGAACUCGCGAAGCUAAUGAAUGAGAACGAGCAGCUGAAGUCUUUGCUUGAGGAACAAACGAGAAAAUCAAAUGAAGCCGAAGUCGAGUCUUUACGUGAAGAGUAUCAUCAAAGGGUCUCAACUCUUGAAAGAAAGGUUUAUGCUCUGACUCGGGAAAGAGAUACCCUACGCAGAGAGCAAAAUAAAAAAAGUGACGCCGCUGCUCUUCUGAAGGAAAAAGAUGAAAUCAUCACUCAAGUUAUGGCAGAAGGUGAAGAGCUGUCUAAGAAACAAGCUGCUCAAGAAGCGACAAUUAGGAAACUACGUGCGCAGAUCAGGGAGUUUGAAGAAGAGAAAAAGGGAUUAACAACAAAGUUACAGGUUGAAGAGAACAAAGUAGAGAGUAUAAAGAGGGACAAGGCGGCUACAGAGAAGCUGCUACAAGAAACAAUCGAGAAAAACCAUGCUGAGCUGGCAACUCAAAAAGAGUUCUAUACGACUGCUUUAAAUGCAGCCAAAGAAGCUGAAGCAUUAGCAGAGUCCCGUGCAAAUGAUGAAGCUAGAAAUGAACUAGAGAGCAGGCUAAAGGAAGCCGAAGAACGCGAAGCUAUGCUAGUUCAAACCCUCGAAGAAUUAAGGCAAACUCUGAGCCGAAAGGAGCAGCAGGCGGUUUUUAAAGAAGAUAUGCUAAGGAGAGACAUUGAGGACCUUCAAAAACGAUACCAAGCAAGCGAGCGUCGAUGUGAAGAGUUGGUUACACAAGUUCCGGAAUCUACUAGGCCUCUUUUGAGACAGAUUGAAGCUAUUCAGAAAACAACUGCUAGAAAGGCAGAAGCUUGGAAUGCUGUAGAGAGAUCACUAAACUCACGUCUUCAGGAAGCGGAGGCCAAAGCUGCAGGAGCAGAGGAAAGAGAGCGUUCUGUUAACGAACGAUUAUCACAAACGUUAUCUCGCAUAAAUGUUCUUGAAGCUCAGAUAUCGUGUUUGAGAACAGAGCAAACACAACUAACUCGGUCCCUUGAAAAAGAAAGACAAAGAGCAGCUGAAAGCAGGCAGGAUUACCUUGCAUUAAAAGAGGAAGCCGAUACGCAUGAAGGUCGAGUGAGUCGGCUUCAAGAUGAAAUUAAAGAACUCAAAACGAAACAUAAGCAAGAGCUGCAGGAAGCAUUGACCCACCGUGAACUCCUGCAGCAGGAUAUCGAACGUGAAAAAAAUGCACGUCUGGAACUGGAAAAGGCGGCUCACCUUCAAUCUACAGCUCUUCUCGAGCAAAACAAGAUAGCCAGGACAAAAUCGACAUCGGAGAAUGGUUUGACUCGCAGACUCUCGAGUGCCAGCAGUUUGAGUAGUAUGGAGGAAAGUUUUUAUUUGCAAGCGUCUUUGGACUCAUCUGAUACUCUCUCGGAAAGAAGAAAUCCCGGAGAGACUUCAUAUUAUUUAAAGAGUAAAACGCCGAAUGCCCUUGAAGCUGCUCUUCGACACAAGGAGGGUGAACUUGCAUCUUACAUGUCUAGAUUGGCAUCUAUGGAAUCCAUUCGGGACUCUCUUGCUGAGGAGUUGGUUAAAAUGACUGCAGAGUGUGAAAAGUUACGAUCAGAAGUGUCUCAGCUGCCUGGCAUGAAGGCAGAGAUGGAAGCGUUAAGACGUAGACACGCGGCUGCACUCGAGUUGAUGGGUGAACGUGAUGAGGAGCUUGAAGAACUUCGGGCUGAUAUCGUGGACCUGAAGGAGAUGUACAGAGAACAAGUAAACACUCUUGUAAAUAAGCUCCAAGUGUUGAGUUCAUCAAUUGGUGCUGCUUAAAGGAGAGGUCAGUUCUUAAGAGUGCAAAAAUAUACUAUACAUUAUUACAGUAAAAUCAUUGUUUUACCCUUCUUUUUUCCCUUGAUGAAAGAUCUUGUAUUUUGAAUAAUUAGUAUUUUUUGAAUGUUCUAUAACUUCAACUGAUUUAACAUACAGGAUUAUAGAAUAUGAAUUUGUUUUCUGGUUUAA